AACAUUCUUCCGUUACAUGGUGAUUUUUUACUGCACUUCCCAAAAGACUCUCCCAUUGUGCUGACAAAAUUCGUUUUGGGCCUCUCUUCUUCCAAUUACCUAAUCCUUCAGCCCCAGCAGCUCCUCUCAAUCUCAGAUUCUGCUGCCGCCAUUAGCGAGUGUACCCACGCCGCUAAGCGUAUGGCUGCCGCCGCCGCUUCCUCUCUCUGCUUCCCGGCCAAUGGCCGGCGGACCCAUUUUCCGAUCGGCCAUUCUGCUUACGAACUGAAGAGGCCUCGAAGAUUCAUUGCUCGCUGCGAUUUGGACUCUAGUGUUUCCGAUAUGCGCGUUAAUGCUCCAAAAGGUUUAUUUCCUCCGGAGCCCGAAAAGUAUCAAGGGCCCAAACUCAAAGUGGCGAUAAUCGGAGCUGGGCUAGCUGGCAUGUCGACUGCAGUCGAGCUAUUGGAUCAGGGACAUGAGGUUGAUAUUUAUGAAUCAAGGUCUUUCAUCGGUGGAAAAGUAGGGUCCUUUGUCGACAAAAUGGGAAACCACAUUGAGAUGGGUUUGCAUGUUUUCUUUGGCUGCUACAAUAAUCUUUUUCGAUUGAUGAAGAAGGUAGGUGCUGAUAAAAAUUUGCUUGUGAAGGAUCAUACUCACACUUUCGUCAACAGAGGGGGUGCUGUUGGCGAACUUGAUUUUCGUUUCCCAAUCGGAGCACCGCUACAUGGAAUUAACGCAUUUCUUACUACAAAUCAGCUCGAGACUUAUGAUAAAGCGAGAAAUGCUGUGGCUCUCGCACUUAGUCCAGUAGUGAGGGCACUUGUUGAUCCAGAUGGAGCAAUGCAGAACAUACGAGAACUGGAUAAUUGCAGAUUCCAUUUGAGGUGGGGAUGCAGAGAAAUUCUUUAUGAUAGAUCAGCCGAUGGAAAUCUAUUUGUAACUGGCCUUGCCAUGUCCAAGGCCACUCAAAAGAAAACCGUCAAAGCUGAUGCUUAUGUAGCAGGUUGGUGGCUCUCAGAAUGCGUGCCUAUUUUUACCUCUUUCUACUUUCCAGCCUCACGAACUGAAGCUUGUGAUGUCCCUGGAAUUAAAAGAUUACUUCCACAGAGUUGGAGGGAGUCUCAGUUCUUUGACAAUAUCUAUAAGCUUGUUGGUGUACCAGUUGUCACUGUGCAACUUCGGUAUAAUGGCUGGGUCACAGAGUUAAGGGACUUGGAAGCUUCUAGGCAAUUGAGGCAAGCCACAGGUCUCGACAAUUUGCUUUAUACUCCAGAUGCGGAUUUCUCUUGUUUUGCAGACCUUGCACUCACAUCCCCAGAGGAUUACUACCUUGAGGGCCAGGGCUCAUUGCUUCAAUGUGUGCUUACACCUGGAGACCCUUACAUGCCUCUAUUAAACGAAGAAAUUAUAAAGAGAGUUUCGGAGCAGGUCCUAGUGCUCUUCCCAUCUUCUCGAGGUCUGGAAAUUACUUGGUCAUCAGUUGUCAAAAUCGGACAGUCGUUGUAUCGUGAAGGACCAGGUAAAGAUCCCUUCAGACCCGACCAAAAGACGCCAAUACAGAACUUCUUCCUUGCUGGGUCAUACACUAAACAGGAUUACAUAGACAGCAUGGAAGGAGCUACUUUGUCUGGCAGACAAGCAUCUGCUUACAUAUGCAGUGCAGGUCAAGAGCUGGUCACGUUACGCGAGUCUCUAGCUGCAACUGAAUUGAGCUUUGUCUGAACUAAAAAAAAUUGCGAUAAAUGACUGACAAAAUGCCCGGUUAUGCAUACACAUGAAUGCAUUAUUUUGCCAGUUUCUGUUCUGUUGUAAUAUAAACUGGUUCAAUGUAGUUGUUAGCUUUACCUCCAACCGUAUCUUGUAAAUUGGGGUAAUUUUGUAGUCUGACAUUGUAGAUUCCUGAAAAUUUCGACGAUUUAUGAAAUCAAUUCACUUAUGUGAAUUAACCGAAGCUCAGAGCCUUGUGCAACCGAUAUUCUUGCUUUGCUUUGUAAUCGAAACCGUUAACUACAAAGCUUUUCCUGAGAUUUAGCUAAUUAUAAAGAACAAAU